UUGGCCAUUUCCAAAUGGUGUCAACAUGGUUUGAUUUUGUAAUCCAAGAAGCAACUGAUUUGGUGGUCACUGAAGUGCUUACUUUGAACAUUUGGAAAGGAAAAGAACAGGAACUUUUUCAUGCAUUUAAAUGCUUUGAUUUAUCUAUAAUAUUCAAGAUAUAUUACACAUCAAGCUACUAAAUCUUAUUUCAAAUUGACCCCAGGAAGGAUUUUGUUUUGCUCGAUAAAGCCCGUAUUAAAAGCCAGUUAUAACCGAAGCCAAAAGCACUUGACAUGGACAAUUUAUAAAUCUAGAAGUUAACUUGGCAUAAAUGUUUUUGAUAAGUCCGUUUGCCAGGUAUGAUUCAAGACUGUUCGAAAAGAACAACACGCUAUUUAAUAGCCUAUUAUGUAUUAUGUAAGUGAAUUUCAAAAACAUUUCGGACGAAGCUGGUGAAUUUCUGUGGGCACAGUUUAUAUAAAGUGAACUGACAUGUGAGAGGAAUUUAAUCAAAUUGCCAACCAUGUUGCGAAUGGCAGAUGCUGUUGCAAAUAAUCCUUGGCAAUUUUGCCUUGUCUGCCAAGAUAAGUAUAUUUUCAGCACUACUGCCGAAUUUAGAAGGCAUCUCAGGCAAUUCCACUGUUCAAAGGAAGGAGGAUCUUUUGUUUGUCACUAUGGAAAACAUGGGGUUUGUCAGUCACUUCCAUUAGAGGGUGUGAACAGCAAAGACUACGAAGAUCAUGUUGAAAAGGUCCAUGUUUAUCUAGAUGGUCGAGUGGAUCCAAGUCAAGUUCAAACUCAACAGUCAAGCUCAAUGAUUGCAAAGCCAAAAAUACCAAAGUUUAAAGUGGAUGAUGUAAAGACAUGGACAAAAUAUUCCUCACAAAACCUUUCAAGUGCACUGAAUGACCCAAGAAGGCAUGGUCGCCACAUAUAUCUUUUUACACAAUUAUGGGGAGAGAGCUUUGUCCCACAGGAGGUUGUUCCACUUACAUUGUUGCCAAACAUCCCAAAAGUGUACUUUGAUGGCUAUAUCAAAAGAAUGGAAUUUAAAUUUAUGGGGCAUCAAAAGUUGAAGAGAACUCUUAUGCAAACAGGAGAUAUAUUGUCACCAACAAUACAUCCAGGAGAUGUUGGGUUUAGUUAUGCAGCAUCAUCAUUAGCAAGAAAACAGAAUCUUGAUGGACCUCAGACUGACUUAGAAGCAAUACCUGAAAUUUUUCUUCAAGCCAAUUUUACACUUGAAGAUCCUUCAACUUUUCAUAAGGUUCUUCCCUGGUCCAGUGUAAAUAGUGGGAAGAACGAAGAUCCAAGUAGGCCAAUGUCACCAAAGAAGUCAAGAAAACUACUGCAAGAAAAGCUUUCUCAUUACCUCGAUAUGACGGAAGUAAGAUUAGCGCAGCAGAUUGCAUCACGCUCUGAUGAUUUCUUUAGAACCAUGUCCUCACAUGACAAACUCGAAGUAGACGUCUCAAAGACAUGCACUGACAUUCAGCAUCUUAGAGUUCAAAUGACCAAGAUAGAAGACAUAUUAAUUAAAAAGACUUUAAGUGUGAUGCGACUGUUUCGACUUCGAUCGAGGUGUAUCGCUGUGCAAGAAAAGUUGAAGUUAAUGGCGACUAUUCACCAGACACAACCAACAAUACAAGUGUUGCUCUCGACAUCAGACUAUCUUAGUGCCUUAGAUUUGAUUGACACUUCGCUGGAGAUUUUGCAGCAAGAGCUAGCAGGGGUGCAGUGUUUCAGGCACCUUGGAUCGCAACUUUCAGAAAUGAAAAAUGUUAUUGAAAGAAUGAUGGAAGCCGAUUUUAUUGAUUUUGCCUCAGCGAAUCUCAACAUACCAUCAAGAUCUGAUGGAGGCAAUGGACUUUAUGAAGAGGAACGGUUGCUUUCGGUUGUGCUUGGCCUUCUUCGCCAGAAACGGUUUCGUUUCUUGCAUUUGUAUAAGGACGAGGUAUAUUCUAUGAUAAAAUCAACGAUAAAAGAGGAGGUAUAUUCUAGUCUGUAUGGUAAAAGUACUCUACCUGACAAUGAAGAAGAAAGUCCGAAAGUUGGGGAGGCUAUCAGAGCAGUCACGCAUCAGGAAUGGGUCGCUAUGAUGGAGAAAGUGUUUGAGGUUUCGUUAAAGCUGUUGAAAAGAAUAAAGCUUAUUCACGAAAGUCUCUGCAAAGUUUUAACAAUUGCUGUUGGGCAUAAUUUGGAUGACCUAGAGGCAAGUCUCGAUGACAUCGAAACAGUACCAACCAGCGAUGACUGCACUUUGAUAACCACAUCAGAAUACAACAGGCUUUCAACUGAAAGUAAAGAGCUUAUAUGGUCUGCUUGUGAGCUGGCCCAAAUACGAUGCUCAAAAUUAAUUACAAUGCGGUCAAAGGGUGGCGCUCUAGACCAAUUGUCGUCCAGUGACUUUGUGUUACUGGCGAGGGCUGUUGAAGGAUUUGUGACAGACUGCGAAAAAGUUUGUGGAAGACAGAGUCAUAAUUUGAGGGGAACACUCUUAUCUCAAGCAAAGAGAUUUGUAGAGAAAUUUCAUGAAGAAAGAAAGAACAAAUUAGGGUUAAUUUUAGACAAUGAAAGGUGGAAACAAGCAGAUGUUCCAGUAGAAUUUCAGACACUUGUUGAUUCUAUAACUAAAGGCAUGGAGUCAAACUCAGCAUCACCAAAGCAACAAAAGAAAAAUCAGACAGCAAGCGGUAAAGCUACUGGUUAUUUGGUUGCUCAAAAUCAACGUUACGUAGUCGUAGGAACUUUGCUCCUUGUAAUGAAGAUGGUGGUAGAAUAUUGUCAAUGUGUCGAUGAUACCCCCGUUCUGACUGCUGAAAUCCUGACAAAAUUGUGUGAAAUACUUAAGAGUUAUAAUUCAAGAUUAUGCCAGUUGGUUCUUGGGGCCGGUGCCUUGAAGACGGUCGGUCUGAAGACGAUUACAGCAAAACAUUUAGGCUUGGCUGCGCAGUGUUUAGAAGUUAUAAUAAUCCAUAUUCCUAUCUUCAAAUCACAUUUCGAAGUCAGGGUUCCACCGAAACAGUAUGUUUUACUGUCGCAGUUUGAUCAAAUCCUGAAGGAUUAUCGAAAUCACAGACAUGAAAUUGUUUGCAAACUUGUUAAUCUUAUGGAAGAGGUUUUUUCUGCUCAUCUUCAAAAGUAUGAAGCCAGGCCUCCAAUGCCUUCCAGCGGUAUGCGAGCCAUUGUGAAACAAAUCCUCAAAUUACAUGAAACAUUGUCAUCUGUUUUCCAAGAACAGCAGUUGGAGCCCAUUUUUCGUGAAAUUCGGAGAUCUUUCAGGAGUAUGCUUGCUGAAAAACUAGCAUCUAUAGGAAUUGUGAACGAUGGCAGUCCACAAAGUGGGCUUGUAACUUCCGAUAUUGCGUUUUUUGCUGAGAGUGUCAAACACUGUUCAGGGAUGAACGAUAUUGGGCGAAAGUUUGACGAACUUUGGACUAUGGUUAGAGAAAUACGUAACAGAAAACUACAUGAUGUUGAUAAUAAGUUACCGAAAAGACGGUGAGUCUUUUAUAGUAUCAGGCAGGUUGUUCCAGAGGAUGCUGCCCCUGAAAGCAAACGAACUGGUGCCGUAGGUUGUGGUUUUGGCAGUUGUAAUAGUGAACCUGAUCGUAGAUUAUAAGUUAGUUCAUUACGCUCGAAAAUAUUCAACAUAAAGGAUGGAUUUUCAUAUGACAGACCCUUAAAUCAUUUACUUGAAUCCUUUAGCCUAGAUCCUUUGUAUCCUCUGACUAUAUGUUUAUCUGGGUAAAUACGGUAUUGGAAAAUUAUUUAUCAGUAAAAAAUUCUUGUUAAUUUCAACAUUUACCUAGAUAUUCUAUUAGUAAUUAAUCAACCAAAUACUGGAAAUUGUCUCAAAUUUAGUGAAUGUCGCUAUUUAAGACUAUUUUUUACAUUCUAAAACUAGUAUAAAAGGGAGGAAUUCAGCAUUUUGAAUUGUGUUUGUUGUUGUUUUGUUCGCCUAUUUAAUUUUGUUAGACAGAAUAGGUGCAGUUAAAAGAAUGAGUUUCUAAUUUCUUUAUCAACACUUUUUGCUGAUACAACAUGGAACAAGAAGGGCAAAAGCAAUAACCACUUUUCAGUUCAUGUCCUUGACUUUUACCAGUCUCAUCCUUUUCGAAUUGUUUCUUCCUAAUAGAAUCCUGGACUGUUCUCUAAUAUUCAUCUUCGUAUGAUCUGGGAACCUUAGCUCCUUCCUGUCGUGAUUUUAGACAAAUAUUAGAUGAGAUCGAUUCGUCUCAUGAGUUUCUGCACAGGUGCCCAGUUUAGUCAGUGCAACUAAUUUGGGCCUCCUCAAUUUCCAACUUGUCACUCUUGUAACGCAAAAAGAAAAAGCAAAGGUAUCUGUUAUAUUACAAUGUCCCAUUUGAGUUGAUCCUCAUCAGUUAUGCGAGCUGCUCUUUCUUCCAUCUCAUUUUAAUUGCCCUUCUCCACAGUCAAGCAGAACAAACAUAGGAGAAAUUUCCUAAGGUUCUGAUUCCUGAAAUCAGAAAUUAUGUAACGUUUAGGCCAUGAUUUGUAUAACAUAUUUUACUUUGAAGAUUUCACGACAUGCUCAUAUCGAUACACGACAUAGUUUCUCAAAAGAAACAUCAGUUAGGUAAUAAGCUGCUGGAGCUUGACGCAAGAAGAUCCGUACGUUCUUACGCGCAUAUUGUGUAAAUGUUCUCGACUGA